GAUCGCUCCUGCAGCCGGUCGUGCAGUCGUCAAUCGCAAGUGGUCAGUCGAUCGGACUGCAGUCUUGGCUGAGGGGUGAAUUCGGCAUUGUUCCUAACACGGCAACAUGGAGGCAGGUGACGAAUCGGCCAGCACACCCCAAGAAGAUAAGCGUCUGUUCACACCGGGCCCGCUGAACACGCGGCUGGAGGUGCGACAGGCCAUGCUGCGCGACCUGGGCUCGCGGGACGCCGCCUUUAUAUCGACGGUCAAAGACAUCCGACGGGGCCUCCUGGAGCUGGCAGGUGUGUCAGACGAAGUGUUCACAGCGGUACCGAUGCAGGGCAGCGGGACGUUCUCAGUUGAGGCCGUGCUUCAGACGGCGUCACCCCGCGACGGCGCAAAGGUGCUGAUACUCAGUAACGGUGCCUACGGCCGGCGUCAGGCCAAGGUCUGCCAGGCGGCCGGCAUCCCCUACACCCUGCGGGAGUUCCCGGAGGACCGCGCGCUGGACGUGUCUGCCGCUGAGGAGCUGCUCGCCUCCGACUCCUUCACGACCGUCACCGCCGUGCACUGCGAAACGAGCAGCGGAGUGCUGAACCCGGUCCAGAAAAUGGGGCAGGCAGUGCGCCGGCUUCAGCCGCACGCAGCGUUCGUAGUCGACUCGAUGAGUGCCUUCGGCGCCGUGCCUCUCGACCUGGAGGAGGCGGGAGUGGACUACUUGGUCAGCUCGGCCAACAAGUGCAUCGAGGGCGUGCCCGGCUUCGCGUUCGCCAUCUGCCGGUUGAAGCACCUGGAGACGACCAAGGGUAACAGCCGUAGCCUGAGUCUGGACCUGUACGAGCAGUGGUUCAACCUGGAGUCGACCGGCCAGUUUCGGUUCACUCCUCCCACUCACACCAUGCUGGCGUUCCACCGCGCGCUGCGGCACCUCCUCUCCGCCGGCGGAGUGGCCACCCAGGCGGACCGCUACCGCUCCAACAACGUGACCGUCAAGCGCGGCCUGACCGAGCUCGGCUUCCGUCAGCUGGUGCGCGACGGCGAUGACUGCUACAUCAUCACAUCGUUCCUGUGUCCGAGCGACCCGCUGUUCUCGUUCAGCAAGCUGUACCGAGGCCUCUCGGAGCGCGGACUGGUCAUCUAUCCAGGGAAGGUCACUGAGGCGGAUUGUUUUCGAGUGGGGAACAUCGGAGACCUGCACCAAGAGGAUAUGGUGCGACUGGUGGAAGGCGUGAGGGACGUACUGAAGGAGAUGGGUGUCACCACGCCCGUCCGCUACUAGUAACGUAAGCCGGGGACAAUGACGUCAGCGACAAGUGACGUCAUCGGAGAACAAUGAAGCUAGCUACGACUUCCUAUGUCAGCCGAGGACAAUCAGUAGCGGCGGA